AUGCCCACAGCAUCAGGACGUGACUGUGCCAUAGCUCCAAGGGCACAACCCCCAACCUUUUCUGGCUCUGGCAGGAAUGGACCCCUGGGUGUGUAUGUGGCAGAUGUGUCUGAAGACUCCUAUGAACAUGUGGACUGUAUCGUGUUAGCUGUGUGCCAGGCUCUGGAGAACAGCACAUCCCCCCUGAGUGCAGACUCACCCGUGGCAGCUGCAGUGGUGUCUCAUUUCAACGAGUGUCCAGAUUCCCACACUCAGUUCUGCUUCCAUGGAACCUGCAGGUUUUUGGUUCAGGAGGAGAAGCCAGCAUGUGUCUGCCACUCUGGAUAUGUGGGUGCUCGCUGUGAGCAUGCAGACCUCCUGGCUGUUGUGGCUGCCAGCCAGAAGAAGCAGGCCAUCACUGCCUUGGUGGUGGUCUCCAUUGUGGCCCUGGCUGUCCUGAUUAUCACCUGUGUGCUGAUCCACUGCUGCCACGUCCGCAAACACUGUGAGUGGUGCCGUGCCCUCGUCUGCAGACACGAGAAGCCCAGCGCCCUCCUGAAGGGAAGGACCGCUUGCUGCCACUCUGAGACAGUGGUCUGAAGAUCCCAGAGGUGGAAUUUGCCCAGGUGGCCUAUGGCAGCCCAGUGACAGAAAAGCUUCUUGGGAUAACACCACCAGCAGUGACCAGGCACCUCGGACAUGCUGGCGGACCUUCUCUCACUGCGCAAUCGUCUGUGCAGCCUUCUGUCCUUUGCAGGCCUCCAAGACUGUGUGAUAAUUCUGCCUGCUGGGCUUCCUCAGUACACCCUAGAGAAGAGGCCAGUAGACCACAUUUUAAGACAAGUUGAACAAGAACCUCAAAGGGCUAGCCUUGGAGCUAACCUACCCCUGGCAAGUGCUUGGGUUGGUGUCUCCUGCCAGCCAUGGCUUCCAGGCUGUUUCUUCUCAGUGGGCCAUCUGCCCCCAGCAGAGACUCCUUGGCUGAUGGACAAAAUGGACAAAAGGAAACGCCUCUUGUUGUAUGAAGACACCGUGGCAUCCCAGGAGCCUUGACAUCUCCUCAAGCUGUUGCCGGGAUGUGUGUCUUAUUUAUUAGAUGGAUAAUGGUUUUAUUUUUAAUCUCUUAAGUUAAUGUCAGGCAUUAAUGAUACAUGGACGGCUGACUGUGAAGUUACACCAAAGAGGCACGUCCAGCCGCUUUGAUUCAGCAAGACUGCAGAGAGGGGGCCUCCCAGGGGCUGUAGAGACAGCAUUCAAAAGUGCACUCUGAUUGAAGCAAAACUGCUGUUUGGAGGUGGUGCCCUCUAAGAUACAAAGCAGGAAAGUCCCCCAGAAACACACUGUAGCAAAGUUAGCAAGGCCAGUGGCAUGGAGAAUCCCCCCUGAUGGGGGCAAGAGCACAAGAGAGCCUGUGUGGACACCUAGGGAGGACACAUGCCAACGCUUGAUUAAGUGGAUUAACUUCCUCGUGAGCCCAGCCCCAGCUUUAGCAGCCAGCUGUGGGCCAAAUCCAUGAAGCGGACCAGCCCUUUAUUUUCCAUGCUGUUGCCUUGGUUUUUGCUUUAUUUUUAGAAGGAGAAAUUUAACUUUCCUAUUUAUUUUCAAGCAUUGGGAUAAAUAUCCCACUGUUGUUUUUUUGUUUUGUUUUGCUUUGCUUUGCUUUGUUUUGUUCCCAUUCAGGACGUUGGCAUUAUUAACAAAAUUGCUGCCAAGCCUCUCUACUCUCCUCUGGAGAAAGAGACAUGUUCCCUGAGCACAUGAGGAUGCUCUGACCCACUGGGCCCACCCUCAUCCCUAGGCUGCUCGGUACUGUCUCAAGACAGAAUGACAGUAAAUAUAUAAAGCUGCUUACUGAGGAGGUCACUCUGUAACUCAGAAGUGUAAGCCCGCCCCUGUCAGCCCUCCAUAGCCUCUCACAAUGCAUCAGGACAGGGACAUUUGACAUACUGAAUCAGUUUGGUUUCUAUCAGGAAGAUUUGCCUGUUCCUCAUUCUUCUCCAUUCCACCUUUUCCUCUGGGUUUUUUUCUUCUCAUAUGAUCUAGGCAUUGAUCUGGCCCAGGUCUUAGCCCUGACACUCUUUGUUCACAAUGCCUGGAGCCCCAAAAGAAGAAACUUGGUCUGUUCAAUGCUGUCCUCUAACUACAGAGCUGACACAGCUCUAGGCAGAAGUCAUAAUUUUCGUUAUUUUAUUAUUAUUAUUAUUAUUUUGGUUUUGGUAUUUUGUUUGUUUGUUUUUGUGAGACAAGGUCUUGCUGUGUAGCUCAGGUUGGCCUUGAACUCUCGAUCUUCCUGCUCAAGCCUCCUGAGUUUUGGGCUUACAGGUGUACACCACCAUGCCCAGCAGAGUUUUUCAAUCUCUAAAGAAAAUAGGUUAAGUUUGCAUUCCUUGGUAUCAUUCAUGUGGGUCAAGGUCGAGUGUAGCCUGCUGCUCAGAGACCAAUCAACUGCACUGGACUUUAGACCUCUAUUGUUGGCUUCCAGCAUUCCCAGCAGACCCUGUCUGAAGUCCUGCUCAUGGGGACCGACACAAAUGGAGGUGUGGGGCUUGUUUUAGUUUAGUGCACACUGUUAUUUUCAGAUGACAGGUCUUUUUCUGGUCUGUUGGAUGCUCCUGGACAUCUGACUUAUUUCCAAGGGUUUGAACUGAUAUCAAAGUAUUAAUGGGAAUGUCCCAUCCUAAAGAUGUUACCAGGAAUUGUCAUCCAAGACUCAGCAGAGGUGGGGGAAAUUAGGACAAAGACAUGAUGGUGGAGGCAGAGGAUCCCAAGGAGGACCUCAGCUUGGUGUCUGAACAUUCCAGUUCUCAGGUCCAGCCUAUCACAGCAGCUGGUAGCCCUCCUGGUGCCUGUACCCAGAUGCAGCUGGCUCAAAUGCCCCCUCGAAGUGCCUUCCCAGUUAGGCCUUUUGCAAAAUAAUGGGUCUGAACAGUCAGAAGCUGAGACUAGGUGGAGACAAGUCUGGCUGUACAUUGUCCCUGCCCCAGCAGAUGACAGCCCUGCUUUUUGGUGACUUUGAUUUUGGAAGUCAGACAAAUGCUAUUUUCCUUCUUGGGACACCUCACAGCACAGAUAGCCCUGGUUAGCCUACCAGCACCCUCCUGUCGGCUCACACUGCACUCCUCACAGUGCUCUGUCAGUUCACACUGGGCUUCCCACAGCACCCUCCUGUCAGUUGACACUGUACUUCCUGGCCCUCUCUUGAUGUUCAGUGCAUCUAUAAAUAAGGAGUACUCCUGCUAAGCCACACAGGACAGUGAACAGCACAGCUGUUCCAGUGACUCGGGGGACUAUGAAAAUACCCAGUGAAUGAACUGAAAUUAAUUCUAGGGACAUUGAGAUGGCUCUGUGAGUAAAAGCACUUACCAACAACCCUGAGGACCUGAGUUCAAUCCUUGGGACCUACAUGGUGGAAGGAGAGAAUUGUUCUACACACAUGUUCUCUCUCUCUCUCUCUCUCUCUCUCUCUCUCUCUCUCUCUCUCUCUCUCGCACACACACACACACACACACUAAUUUUUAAAAACAAAAUGAAUUUUAGCAAGGCUCCCACACCUCUAGUUGUGACUUUAAACACACCAUGGGACAAUUUUUCUCUGUGGAAAAAUACAGUGGUGACUCCAACCUGAAAGAUAGAUUCCAGGUGGACAUACACAGAACCAAGCCCAGAAAAAGGUGGGAACAAUAGUCCCAAGAUCCCUCUUCUCCCUUAAAAAAAGGGGGAGAGGGAAGAGUUGGUCCUAAACACUCACACUGGUUUAAUUGGUAGAUUGUUCCCUUCAAGUACAGAAAGCCACCUGGGGUCCCCAGGCCAGGUUUCCUAGUGCCCGUGAGCCUCUGGAUGGACCAACAACAUUCUAACACCACCUACAGGCCCAGUCCUAUGGUGAGUUCUAAGCCUGUCUCUCCCAGACCAAGGGGAGGUCAUAUUAAACAACACAUACAUUUUGACAUAGGGUUUCACUCUAUAGUCCAGGCCAGCCUUGAACCCAUGAUUCCCCUGCCUCAGCCUCCUGGGUCACAGGUGUGUGCCACCACACCUGGAUUAUGCUUGUUUUUAAUGUUCUGGUGUAAGAUUUAUUCCCUGAAGCCAUCGUUUUUGUCUCAAAGACGUAGUGUUGCACACAAAGUACUGAAAAGCAACUCCUCUCCAUAGUGUAAUAACUUUAUUAUAAGAACCUGAUGCUGUUUUUAGAACUCAUCAUUCUGAUUUCUGUAUAUGAUGCACUGAAGGUUAAUAUGUAAUGUUUUAAUUUAUUGUAUGUGGUAAGUUAAUUUUGGUUUCUGUAAUGUAUUAAUGUGAUUAGAAGCAUUUUUCCUUAAUAUCUGAAUUAUACUUAAAGAGUAGUGAAGAAUAUAAGAUACUGUUGUGUUUUUCAGAAAUGUGUGUUGUUACUCAGUUGUAUCGUACCUUGUUUGGAAGGAUGAAGGAAUGAACUCUUUUUUUUUUUCCUAAAUACCAAGACUGGAGUUUUCCUUUAGUGUGGCUAAACAAAUUUUCUCUGAAAAUGUGAAUAAGAACAAAAUAGCAGGUGAUCUUUUUUUUAAGAUUUACUCUUAUUCCUAAUAACAUCAAUCUAUUCAUGUGUGUCUAUGCAGGUUAUAUGCACAUGAGUGCAGUUGCUCUCAAUGGCCAGAAGAGGGCAUUGGAUUUUUCCCCUAUAUCUAGUGUUAUAGGAGGCUGUGAGCCACCUGACAUGUUCCCACAUAACAUGCCAACACAGGUCUAUUGAAAGGGCAGUAAACUCUCU